CUUGAAAAGUGACUGACUACUGUCAGAGUGGAGUCGCUGUCUAUCAGGUCGAACUAAUAGGGAUACUACCCGCCUAUGUUCUUGGCAGAUUUCGAUCGCCGUGGAUAACGAUGGAACUAGGAAUGAAAUAACGAUUUCAGAAGGUGUUACAGCCGUAAACAACAUGACGUCCUCCUCCUCCUCGCCAUCGUCCUCAUCUUCUGCCCUGCGAGGGUCCAUGAACUUUGUGUGGGACCUAAAUCGGCCACUGGGUCAGGGAGCCACCAGCAUGGUCUACAGUGGCAGGAACAAGAGGAAUGGUGAUGCUGUAGCUGUGAAGGUGUUCAAUGCCUCGAGUUAUCAGCGUCCUGCCCAGGUCCAGUUCAGGGAAUAUGAGGUCAUGAAGAAACUAAACCAUGAAAACAUCGUCAAGUUGCUGGCGGUGGAAGAGGAGCAAACCGCCUACCAGAAGGUGCUAGUGAUGGAACUCUGCCCCCAUGGGAGUCUCUUCACACUACUGGAGGAACCAGAUAAUGGCUUUGGUCUUUCAGAAGAGGAAUUCCUGCUGGUGCUGAAACAUGUCUCCCUGGGCAUGAAGCACUUACAUGACCUGGAUGUGGUACACAGAGACAUCAAACCAGGCAACAUCCUCCGACACAUCGGCGAAGAUGGCAGAUCCAUUUACAAGCUGACAGACUUUGGUGCAGCUCGAGAGCUUCACGAUGAGGAGCGAUUCACAUCACUGUACGGGACGGAGGAAUACCUGCAUCCAGACAUGUAUGAGAGGGCAGUUCUGAGACGAGGAACCGGACAGAAGUUCUUCGGCACUGUUGACCUGUGGAGUCUGGGAGUGACGAUAUACCACACAGCCACCGGCAGCCUCCCCUUCAGGCCUUUCGGGGGAGGGCGUAACAGGGAGACAAUGCAUCAGAUUACUACGAAGAAGGAAUAUGGCGUGAUAUCCGGCGUACAGCGGUGUGAGGGUGGACCCAUUGACUGGAGCCGAGAGCUCCCACAGACAUCACGACUUUCAAACGGCCUCAAGCUGUUUAUAACCCCUGUUCUUGCGGCUCUGCUUGAACGGAACCCCGAGAGAACAAUGCCGUUUGAGAAAUUCUUCCACGAGUCAGCCACAAUAACAUCCAAGCUGAGCACAGACAUCUUCUGUCCUGCCCUGUGUUCCAGCAUCAGGGUGUUCCUUGAUAGGACUGAUGGUUAUUCCAAGCUCCAAGAGAGGAUUGCUGAGCAGACGGACAUUCCUGCCAGCGACCAGCUGAUCCUGUAUGAUGGCCAGGAGCUGACCUCUUUAGUUGAGCACAUGACCCCCGUCCACACAUACCCCCUGGACAUCUCCCCGACUCACCCCCUCAUUGUCUACAACAAGUCAGAUGACCAUCUCUGUUACUGCAAGCCAGCCAAGGGUAAGUAUCUGCUGUCUGGAUACAGAGAUGAUACCAAGAUGAUACAGAUAUUAGUUCCUUCCCCAACCUACAGAGCACGGGCUACUUGGACGUCGACUCCAGCAUGGCCAAGAAAUGCAGCAUUGUGCUGUGUUCAAAACCCCGCUGUUGAGACGCUGCUGUCACGGAGCUGUCACAUGCAUGUCGCCGUCAGACAAUAUAGACAAACUUUGUACAACCGAAUUAGCAGUGUGACCAACAUUGUUGACAACCUGAUCCCCUUCUGCCGAGCCACACAGCAAUGGCAUGAAAACUUCUUGCGGCUGCAGAACCAGCAACUACGUGUGCUGCAACUGCUCCUCAACACCAGCGUGGGUGGCAGCAACAUCCAGACCCUGAUGACUCAGGUGCAGGAGACACUCAGGACCUCACAGGCCAAAUGUCAGUCUGGUGCUCUCAAGGUGCAGCAGAUGCUGGACCAGGCCAAGAAGGGAUUAGACUCGGUGAUGGAGAUGCACCAGAAAGUGAAGAGCUGGAAACAGGAUAAGACCUUCAAGGAGGAGAGAUGGUUUGAAAGGAUCCAGGUGGUCAGCGGCAAGACCAAGGCCAUCAUGUACAAGUUCAAGGAGGACAAGGCUAAGAGGGUCCUCAACUACAACGAAGAACAGAUCCACCAUUUUGAAAGAUGCAGCCUAAAUGAAUUGUGUUCUAAAGCCAAGUCUAUUUUUGAAACUGUGGAUGAGAGAGUCAAGUUACAGGCAGGAGCAUACAAGCAGUGGUACAGCUGUGCCUGUCAGUGUUGGCGUCAGUGCCAAGUUCUAGGAGUUAAGUUGAAAGAACUGUUUGAUCAGCAGUCAAAAUUUUUGGAGAGUCUCAACUCGUGCUGUAUGAAGUACCAGCAGAUUGUGGAGGACCGGCUUAAGUGUAUUGAGCAGGACUCUGGGGUGUCGGACCUCAGUCUGGCGGAGUACGACAACGUUGUGAAAAUGGACGACCUCACAGUGGAGGUCAACAAGGAGACCUCAGCCAGGAAGGGGAUGAGCGGAGACUUGCUGGACAUGAUUAAAACCUCCAGGUCUUCAUUAGAAGAAGUGAUGCUUCUAGUCCAUGAAAACACAAGUCUUCUCCAUAGUUUCAACGGCCUGGGACUGGAGGUGGACGCACCCUGGCAGCAGCCGGACGUCACAUGACUAGGUGACCAGUACCUAGCGUGUUGUAGAGUGCUCCAGUAGCUGUCACUGAUAUUAGUCCUGCCUCGCAGUGUACAUACAGUCACAUACAGUCAUGUACAGUCACAUACAGUCACAUACUUUAGUGUUAACACAGGCAAUGAUCAGUCUGCCCUACUUGAACCCAAUGUUUUUAGACAGAAUCAGGUCAUGAAUUUAGUCAACAGCAGUUGAUUUACUCAAUCAAGUCAGUAUCAACAAAACCAUUGAAUAUCUCAAUAAAGAUUCAUGCCAAGUUUCCUUGUAAAAUCAAGUCAUCAGCCUUCAUCAUUUCUUUGUAAAGCAAGUUUGUGUGUUUCAGAGAUCAUGUGUUGCUAAAUUGUCGCUGAUUUGUUUAUAGUUACGUGAUUCGUCUAAUAUUGAAAUUAUUUACGACUGAAAUAAUUAUCAAGAAUAGGAACUGACUCCUUUCUGAAGAAAUUAAUUGGAAUUAUUGCCUGUAACAAGAUAUGUACUUUAAGAAAUCAAAGUUUGACAGUACUCAGCUAUAUUGUAUUUAUAAUCCCCCUUACACAUUAACUGGGGACAAGACAUCCCGGUAAGAAGCCAAACCAUGUACAGACAAUAUUGUGUUGAUUCCCACCUGGACAUGUUUCCGCCACCAGUGCCGUUAUGUGGAGAUGUUUGUGUGAUUCCACGGGGUUGUUGUUUACUAGGAGAGUUAUCUCCCCUUGUUGGAGAGGAUUGUUCCCAUCUGUAUAUUAUGUAUAUGUUUUAUUGAACCUGUAUGCAGUGGAGGGCGGGGUUCGUACCUCAUGGCUCACGUUUCAGUCUUAAUAUUCUCAUGGUUUUAGUCCAUAUGUUCUUAUUCUUCGUCCAUGCAUGAUGCUAGUGACAAGAUUCCUAUGUUAAGAGAUUGUUUAUUUCAUGAUGGAAUCAAUUGUCAUUUUCCUACAUUUAUCAAGACUUGUUCUCAUGAAUCAUCAUUUUGUUUAAGAGUCCUUUCUCGCUAUGAAACCAGUUCCAACCUGAAGACAUCGCUUUAAUCAUCCGAGGUGCAUAUCAGCCCUGACUACAGAUAAAGUUGUUUGUGUAUUAUCUGAUAAACUGAAGAUAGAGAAGGUUAACAAGGUUUAAGCCCACUGGAGGCAAGUAAACGUUAUAUACCUCUUCUGAAUAGCAGUGUGUAGAUAUGUGUGUGUUUCUGUAAACUCUACCCCUAUAACAUACUAUGCCAACACUUCAGAAAUUGUCCUCUUGUAUGUUGGUAGCUUGGAAAGUUAAUUUACUGUAGAUUUUAAUAUUAAUAUAUAAACGGUUAUUUGCAUUGUGUACUUCGCAAAUUUUAUUUUACUUGGACUUUGGGUAAGGUUAAAUUUCUAUACUGCUGUAAUUGAAAAUGAGAGGUGUAUAGGUCACCUUCAGAUUAAGGAAAUGCAAUCAUUUAUAUAACAGGUAUGUUGAAACUUAUGGGUUUAUGACUGUGGUUUAUGACUGUGGUGUUUUUGACCCAUGCAAACCUAGUGUUGUCAGCUGGCUGACAGCUGAACUUGGCCAUAUGGACAUGGUGUUCACCUCAGACAAUCCCUGGUUUGGAUCCAGUCUGGAAGUGGAUACAUUGUGAUAUUAACCUUGCUGUCACAUUGAUAUGUCUUCAUUGAUAAACAGUUGAUGCCUUCAUGCAUGAAAGUUACUGUGAUUUGUGUGGCAGAAGAUAUACACAGAAGAUCGAGCCCAUAUGCAUUAAUUAUUCUAAGUGCUAAAACGAUGAUGAUUUAAGUCUUAAGCACAAGUGAAGUUAUGUACAGGAGGCAGUGCUCCAAGUACAAGUGGACACUGACCUCGGUGGAAUGUUAUGAAGUGCCUCUAUAUAAUUAUUGUGAUAAUGUUUAUAUCUGAAUGAUAUACUGAUGGAAAGAAGUAACAACAAACAGAAAUAUUUUUAAAAGUCAGGUCUGAGUUCAAUAUCAGUCUCUAUAGUGUGAAAGAUGUCAAAUAAACCCGAUCAUGAUCUAUUCCAUGCUCAUCACAUCUCUCCCUUGAUAGGGGUGGUUGGGUAGCCUAGUGGUUAAAGCGUUCGCUUGUCACACCUAAGACCUGGGUUUGAUUCCCCACAUGGGCACAAAGUGUGGAGUUCAUUUCUGGCUAUUGCUGGAUUAUUGUGAGCCAUAAAACUGAACUCACUCCUCUGGUGUUCCCUUAUUUUAUUUCAUCAGUAUAUCCUCCUGAUAUCAUCUUACUGGAGUGUGUCCUUCCCCUGGUUGAAUACAUCAACGUUGCUAGACUAUAGUUUUACAUGAAUACUCUUCCGUGACAAUGACUGCUUUACAAUAACUCACAUUCAGUAGGUGUUUCUUCUUAUCAGAUUUGUGCUCCCACAAAUGGAACAAAUCCUGAAUAAUAUUCAAUUUAUAUAGACAUUUUCCUCCCGACUCAUUGAAAUGACAAUAGUGAGGUUAGGCUUUGUUUUGAUUUUUCAUUUUGACCACUGUUUUGUUCGGGAAAUGAAAUCUGCAAAACAACUCAUGUACACAUUGUAGAUUAGGGCCAUCUUUAUUACAGUAUUCACUGAUGCAUCCAGCAUGAAGUGUAUCUGUGGGUUCUUUUUGAAGGAUGUCCACUGUCUUCUCAAAUGUUCAUGGCUAGUCAAA